AGCUCAUCAACGUCGUCACAACAUCUCGUAACUGAUGCCAUUGUAAACCAAUAUCCUACAUACAAGUUCUAGGAUACGCAAAGAUGGUUGUUUCUGAUCUAUGUCCCGUCUAUGCCGUAAGUCUGACUUCCCUCCGCUACGACGAACGAUACCGAAGCAACCUCGCACCAACAGCUUCCGAGAGCUCCAUCCUCAACAUUGUAAUAUGAUGCACAUCCUGACGAUAUAAAACAGCCUUUCUUCGGGGCAAUGGGCUGCACUGCAGCCAUUGUCUUCACCUCGUUCGGUGCCGCCUACGGUACCGCCAAGUCUGGUGUCGGUAUCUCCGCCAUGGGUGUCCUACGACCUGACUUGAUCGUGAGAAACAUCAUUCCCGUCAUCAUGGCUGGUAUCAUUGCCAUCUAUGGUCUCGUCGUAUCCGUUUUGAUCUCCAACAACCUAAAGCAAGAAUCAUCUCUCUUCACUGGCUUCAUUCAGCUUGGCGCUGGUCUGUCAGUCGGUCUCGCUGGUCUUGCUGCUGGCUUUGCUAUCGGUAUUGUCGGUGACGCCGGUGUCCGUGGUACCGCUCAACAGCCAAGACUCUUUGUCGGCAUGAUUCUCAUUCUCAUUUUCGCUGAAGUCUUGGGUCUAUACGGUCUUAUCGUUGCUCUCCUGAUGAACUCCCGCGGUGCCGACUCCAGCUGCUAAACGCACUCGGCGACAAGCAUUAAGCGCCAACGAUUCAACAGACUGAUUGGGCCAUAUUGUGAAGUGUCAGGGCCUCUUAAUAACCAUGUUCGUCUCGGGGCUGGUAAACCGCGAUAAUGCAUCUGACAAUAUGGGCAUGGCUGUAUGUAUUUGAAACUGUAAUCUGGCCCGUCGAAUCCCCGUAUAUUUGGGGAUGUUUGGCGAACGGCUCGGAAACGUGUGCGUGGAUUUGCCAGCAGAAAGGAAGCUUAAAC